CGUCAAAGAAUGCCAACCGUUUACCGCUCGUUUGCUCCGUAUUAUUUGUGGGUAUCGUUAUAUAAGCCGCGCAGCUGUGGAUUUCCGAAGAGUUCCACAUUCUUAAUUUUCAAAAUAACAUUUUUUUCCGCUUGAGGAUUCCCUCUGUCAGCGGGUGUACUGGCUGCACAAUGACCGCCCAAAUUACUGCAAUAGUAAAAUGUACUUUUAUUUUUGUUAUCGGAUGGAACAGCUUCACUGCAGCCCAGAAAGUAGCCAGAAUUGAUAUCACAAAUGGGGCACCGCUCACUAUGAGGUCACCAUCAUUUCCGUGGAAUUAUCCCAAUAAUUAUAACUAUGUUCUGUUUAUUACCGCGACUCCCGGCGCCAAAGCCAUAUUUACCUCCAGUGCCUUCAGUUUGGAAUAUGUUGGCGACUGCCGCUAUGAUUACUUCAGCGUCAACGGGCAGAGAUUCUGCGGCACCAACGGCCCGAAAAAUAACAUCGUAAACGUUGAUUCCAGUAGCCAGAUUAUUGUCCGCUUUGUUACGGACGGGUCCGUAACCAGCAGCGGUUUCUCCGUGACCUUUUGGCAAGAAGUUCCAGCGCUCACGUCGACGACGACCCCGUCUCCGACUCCAGUAUGUACGAGCAACUGCGACGGCUCUCCUCAGUGUGGAAUUCCGCAGGUUCCACCUAGGCUGACCGGCCGCAUUGUGGGAGGAACGCCGGCUCUUGCUCACAGCUGGCCUUGGCAAAUUUUCUUUAAUGUCGUUGGGACGAGUUUUUGCGGUGGCAGCUUGAUAAGCAGUAACUGGGUGCUGACAGCCGCACACUGCUGCAAAAACAAGAAUGCUGCUUCCAUCAAUAUUUAUUUGGGUGCUCAAGACAUUUCCCAACCCGAACCGGAUCGGAUCAUGCGACAAGUCAAACGUCUUGUAAUCCAUCCAAACUAUGAUUACGAUUCUAACGCCAACGACUUUUGUUUAGCUGAAUUAGUCCUGCCAGUGGAACGCAGCGCCGGCAUUAUACCGGUAUGCCUGCCCUCCGAAUCGGAUCCUCCUGUGGGGACGAAAUGCUAUGUCACCGGUUGGGGUGAAAUGCAGGCUAAUCGUGCGCGAAUGCAGCAGGUGCCCACGAGAUUGGGUCAGCAAGACGAUGCCACCAACGAAAUCAGUAUUCGAAGCAAACGCUCUGCCAGUAAUGUCCUCAUGCAAACUGAUGUCGCAAUUGUUGACCAGUCCGCUUGUAAUGCUGCCUACAGCGGAGGAAUCGAUUCAACGAUGAUAUGUGCCGCUAGUCCAGGAAAAGAUACGUGCCAAGGAGACAGCGGCGGUCCGUUGGUUUGUCAGCGUACUGGAACACAGACUUUUGUUUUAUAUGGGGUGGCUUCGUUUGGAAGAGGAUGUGGUCAGCCCGAUUUCCCUGGAGUUUACGGUAGAGUCAGCCAGGCUACAUCAUGGAUACGUAGCGUUGUUGGUAACUUCGCCUAAUAGAAGCCCAUCAUCGGAAUGAGUCUCAACUACACCGGCAGCGGUAUCGGUUUCAAAUGGUUAUACGGAUACCAGUUGGUUUAAAAACUAUGGCAGCAGGAAGUGGUGCAGAUAAAAUAUUUUUUUUAAUUGUGGUGAAAAUUGUUUUUUGUACAUUUUUACGAGGUACUAAAGUAUCUCUAGACUUUAGUGGAUACGUACGGUGGGACCGAUAAGUGCUACCGUUGUCUUAAUAUUUCUACUUUAAUCAUCAGAUACGAAAAACGAUUGACAACAUUAAACAGUUUUUCCUGUGGAAGCACGCAAGCUGU